AUCCGCCCCAUGAUCCAUGRAGUCCAGUCCAGUCCCAUGGCCCCCUUGAAUGAAACAAUGUGUUUUGUAGACAUGGUACUUGAACACAGAAUCAUCUGGAUUAUUGGAUUUAUUUGGUCCUCUGGUGUUUUUUGUUUUCAGGUAUGGCUCAUCUGAARACCUCCCAAAUCCCCACCAACCAAUCAGACUUCAAAAACAUGUUCACCAUGCAGGUCCUGCCCCCACUCUACCUCAUCAUCUUCGUGGUGGGUCUGUGUCUCAACUGCCUGGCUGCUUGGAUCUUCUUCAGGGUGCCUGCGGAUUCAGGUCUGGUGGUCUACCUGAAGAARAUGGUGGUUGCUGACCUCCUCAUGCUGUCAUCCUACCCCUUCAAAGUGGUGGCUAACAUGGGAUUUGGGGGCUGGUACCUCCAAGCGAUCAUCUGCCGCUACACUGCCGUGCUCUUCUACUUCUCCAUGUACGUCGGGAUUCUCUUCAUCGGCUUUAUCAGCCUCGAGCGCUACGUUAAGGUGGUCCACCAGUCUCCAACAUUUGCCACCUCCUCCUGCUGGUCCAGAUACAACAGGGUGUCCCUGCUGCAGCUGAUGCAGAGGUCUAAAUAUGCACGGGUGCUGGCAUGUCUCACCUGGGGGCUCCUCCUCCUGUGCUGCCUACCCAACGUCAUCUUAACUCACUGGCCAGACAAUGRGAGGGAAGGCCUGAAGUGCAUGAAUCUGAAGAGUGAGCUGGGCAAGCAGUGGCACCAGGUGUCUUCCCUCUUCAGUGUGUCUCUGUUCUGGGUGACGAUGGUCUUUGUGGCCUACUCCUACACGUCCAUUGCCCACCAGGUGUGGAAGUCAUACCGCCGCGUGCGCCAAGACAACGGCGACAUCUGCCGCKGAUCCAACCGUAGCAUCUUCAGCAUCCUGGCGGUGUUCUUCAUCUGCUUCGUCCCAUACCACGUUUGUCGCGUGCCCUUCACUCUGAGCCAGAUGUCGAGGUCAGGCUUCAGCGAGGACACCAGGUUCCUGCUUUUCCAGAUCAAGGAGGGGACGCUGUUCCUGUCUGCGCUGAACGUCUGCCUCGACCCCAUAAUCUACUUUCUGAUGUGUCGGACCUUCAGAGAGUCACUGCUGAGGAAACUGUCAAGGAAGACAAAGAGGAGAUCCCUGACCACGGCUCAGAGUCUCAGCAACAUCUAGGAGGGGAGGACGCAGGACACAGGAGAGGAGAUAAGGACUGAGGAGACAGAAGAGGAGAUAAGGACUGAGGAGACAGGAGAGGAGAUAAGGACUGAGGAGACAGGAGAGGAGAUAAGGACUGAGGAGACAGGAGAGGAGAUAAGGACUGAG